AUGGUAUCCGACCAAACCACCGAAGGAUUUAUCGCGGCUCUUCGACGUUUAGUAGCUCGUCUUGGGCAUCCAGAAAUCCUAAUGUGCGACAACGCAAGGUAUUUCAUCGGUGGUAAGCGAGAACUAGAUCGACUGCGACGACGGCUCUUCAACUCACAAGCCUUCACAAGAUCGAUACCGCAAGCGGACGCACACGAGGGAAUCCACUUCAAGUUCCUACCGCCGAGGUCGCCAAAUUUUCGGGGCCUCUGGGAAGCGGCGGUGAAAUCGAUGAAGUUCCAUCUCAAGAGAACUCUUGGGACAAGCAUAGUAACGCCAGACGAGUUUUCGACGCUUUUAUCGCAAAUAGAAGCAUGUCUGAACAGCCGUCCACUCACACCAGUGAGCAACGACCCAACGGAUCUGGACAUACUUACGCCAGGUCAUUUCCUAAUACAUCGACCGAUGACUGCAGUGCUCGAACCAUCACUGAAGGACCUGAAAGAAAGCAGUUUGUCGAGGUGGCAAAGAGUUCAGUGCUACUUGCAAAUUAUCUGGAGAAAAUGGUCCACAUCGUAUUUGUCUGAUUUACAAAAUCGCACUAAAUGGAUAGUCGAGAAGAAAAAUCUUGCGGUCGACACGAUGGUGUUGCUCAAGGACGAAAACCAGCCACCACUCCGGUGGCCACUUGGCCGAAUCGUCGAGAUACAUCAUGGAAAUGAUGGAAACGUACGCGUUGUUAAAGUGCGGACCCAAGACGGUCUGUACACUAGGGCCGUAAGUAAAAUAUGCGUCCUGCCGAUUCAGGACAACGAGUCGCUCUUGACAAACAGUCAAGACGAUCAAUAG